GUCAUCCAGCGUCCUCUAGCGGCGGUGCCAAUCACUAAAUAGACUUUCCUGGCACAUAGCAUUGCGAACAAUUGUUUGCUAGCAUAUUCACCACUAUUUUUGUUUUGUUGCUUUUCGCUGUUUUUUAUUGGACAACUGUAUGUGAAGCAUCUGUGGACUACAAGGGGAGAGAAGAGAUCGUCGCUAACUUUCUGCUAGGCAAAUCUAUGACGUCAUUACUGUGACCCUUUACUUCAGAGAGUAACCCUCGCCCUCAAGUCUCGCCCGCAAGUCUAGCGGCAUUCGUCGAUUUCCCUGUCUUCUUUCUGUGAGGAUGAGCCUCGGGAGGGGAGGAGGUGGAGGAGGUCAGGGAGGCUACGGCGGAGGAGGGUCACAGGGCAACUACCCUGGAAGCCACCCUGGCCGAAGGUCACGAGAGGAAAGAAGGUCACUGUCAGAGAGUCUGGCGGACGGCACCUCCAAAUUUUUCAGCUCGAUGGUAGCCAAAAAGAAUGGACUUUUCAACGAUAUCUCCAGUAAGUUGGAAAACACGUUCGCCCCGAAGACCGACACCAUCAGCAACAGCACGACAGGGAGCGAGAGAUCCUCCCCGACCACUCCGCCGCCACCGAACACGCCACCGCCUAGGCCGCCGCCCCCAAAGCGUCUCCCAUCUUUGGGCAACGCGAGGGAGAAAGAAAAAGAAAACGUUAUCCGGAGAAUGGCGUCGGUGCCGACAUACACCCGAAGUGACCAGUGGUCAGAUGGUGGUCAGGAUGUGACCCAACCUCGAGGUCAUCUGGUCAACCACAAAGGAGCUAACUCCGAGGACAGGAUAUCUGUGAACGGGAUGAAUAUCAGCUUUGAUGAACCGAUUCUUUACAACACAAGGGAGGCCACCACGGUCCAUACAUCGUCUGCUCCCGACAACCAAGGCAAUCGAAAAAAUGUCGCCAGCAUUGAGCGAGACACCAUCGUCACGUCAUCUACCCCUCCACAGCCGAGACCCGCACCGAGGAGUCAGAAAGCAUCUAGCAACGACGCGCAGCAGCGUUAUUCACUCCCCAGCAAUUAUGGACAAUCAGCGCGCCAUUACGAAGAAGACACCCGUCAAUCAAAAAUGACGUACGAACAGAGGCUGUUGGACGAGGUCAAACAGAUGUCCAACGAAGUCAUUAAACUGACCGAGAGUGUCCAGAGGUCGGACGAAAGCCUCGAGAGCUGUCCUAGAAGCGGGGAUAAAAAGCCGGACUCGGACAGCGGGGCCUCGGACAGUGCUGACGAUUCUCACGCACGAAAGAAAGCCCCGAUGUUUACCAACACAAAACGUCGGUCCAGCACGGUAGAUGAAAUGCUUUUUGACGAUUAUGUGGAGCCGGUCGUUGACCCGGUGGUUAUUUUACCGGACGAGCCACCGGAGAACCUCAUCUGUUUUGAGACGGAGCCGGACCCAAGUCUUCUGAUCAAAAGCCCAGACUCCUCCCUGGAUGAUGACCAGUGUAAAGUAACCGCUGGGACUAGCAUUGACUCUUCUGACGUAGAGUACGGGGGCUCAACCGUCCACCGGUCUGGUUCUGUAGGCUCGGAUAAAUCCUGCAGUUCUAACUACAGCAUAGACUCUCAGCCAGACGACGUCACGCUGACCUGUGUAGAGUUCAUGAAGCUAUUUGUAGACAAAGUCUUCCGAGAGAGAGAGGAGAUUUCUCAGACAGAAAAGGCCAAGUUUGGUGAAUUGUGCCAGUAUUCCCCUGGCAGACUUUGGUUUUCUCGCUACGUUAACUCACAGAGAGUUCACAACAAGAGAGUGACAGAGCCUGUGUUCUUCCGACUGAUGCAGUACUUCGCCGUCUGCUUGUUUGAAUGUAAGGAAGCAGAAGACUUUUCUCCCGCCAAAACAUUAAUGACCAUGUGCUUUACAUUUUAUUAUGAAGCGCCCUCUAGCCAGGGAGAGACGGAAAAGGUUUUUCUCUACUCCUACAUGAGAGAUCAGCCAAUCUGGCAAUCACUUCGGUUUUGGAACGCCGCUUUUUUUGACGCGGUACAGUGUGAGAGAUCGAGGCGACCUAUGCCGACAAACACUGAUGGAAAUGAGACGGUCACAGAUGAUAAACAAUUUCAAGAGAACAUAACUUUUGGACAAUUAGGGACAUUUGCUUGUAAUAUGAGAUCCUUUGGACUCAGUAAAGAGCUUUGUUUAGAAUUUCUGCGAAAACAAUCCACCAUCGCCAAUCUUAGAAAAGAUCAAGUCAAACUUUUAAGAGACAACAUUGAAAGGUUUAAAGAAAAUUAAUGGAAAGGAAAGAAUCCUACCCAGCAAAAUAGUUUUCAAUCAAAUCACAGAAAUUGUUCUAAUGCUUCAGUUUGUUUAGUAGUCUUUUCUGUAGAUUGGCCAGGAUUUUCAAUGGACUAGUGUUUAAAAAAAGGCUUACUUUUGCUAAGUCUUGGUUGAUGUUGUAUUAUUUAUAUUCCCCGCAAUAACAUUGAAAUAGUUAAUAGAUUGAUCUUGUUUCUUUAUGUUUUUAUUGUAUGCGUAUACCAACGACUAGUGAACACCCAGUAAAAGACAGUUUAAGAAUGUGAGAACGACCAUUACAUGAAAAAGUUACUUUCCUUAGGUCACUUUUAGGACAUUUCUAUGUGACGGUUUAUCUGGCACGUCCUCAGCUUCUGCCACUGACCAGGCCACUACUGAAUUUGAAUAAUUAAAUCAAGACAUGUAGACAGUAGAUCUUUAUGCUGAAGGGUUGUUCUUAAAUUGUUAUGUAAUUCUAAUCUUUGUAAUUUGAAACGAAUAAGUGGACCAAUUUUUUUAAACAACUGGUACUAACUAGUUAUAAAAGUAAACCUAGAAUUUAGAUGUUGCCUAGCUGACCCAACAUGAUAUGGACCUAGCAGAAACCUUCACAUGGUCCUUGCUGAUCCAACAUGGGCGUAGCCAGGAUUUUUUUUUCAAGGGGGGGGGGGAUUAUCGAAGCAAAAAAUCAGUCUCUAAAUUCCGCCCCUCCCUUCAGGGGGGAGAAUUUCAUUUUGGGAGGGGGGGGGGGUGUCCCCGGCUACGCCCAUGUGAUCCAAUAAACUAGUAUGUUCCUAUCUGACCCAAUAAUAAAUUUAGCUGACACAUGUGGACCUAGCUGACCCAACAUGAACAUAGCUGUUUCUACUUUUGGGUCCUGCUGACCCAACAUAUGACCCUAACAAAUAGAUCAAGAUCUAGUGACAACAACAAACAAAAAAAAAAUUCACAGGAUCAGCGAAACACUUUGUGCUAUUUUAGAAAAGCUCUUUUCAUUAUUAGAUCAUGAUUCCUGUCCAUCUCUUCUUGAAAUUAAAACAUGUAACUCCUUUUAGACAUAUCAUUCAUGUAUUUAUUUUUGUUGUAGGACAAUUUACGAUGUUACAUAGAAACUAGUCUUUCCUAAAGCAUAAUCAUUGUGUUUGUUCUGUAGCAAUACAAUCGCCUCAUUAUGAAAUCUUUUGUACAACAUUUGUGUACAUAGCUUUUCUUUUUUUUUUUUUUUUAGUAGUUUUUCUGGAAUAUGAACAAUACUUGUGUAUAUAGUUUGUUGUAUAUUGUUCAUGCCUGUCAUUACUACUUUUUUUUAUUAUCACAGGUUUAACACCACAACUCUUUUGUUCUUAGCAAAUUCACUAAGUAGCUAAUUACAUGUAGGUGGAGAGAGAGAAAGUUACCAUUUAACAUUUGUAUCUACAUUCUGAAGAUUAAACAAGCAAAAUAUAAAAAAUACUUUAAAAAAAAAUAUAUGUAUGGAGUGAAGGCAGAGCACUGAUCAAUCGCUGCUAUAUCUCUCAAUAAUUUAAGAUUUCUCUCCCCUUUUCUAAAUAAAACAAAAUUAAUUAAUUACCUCUAAUUGAUUAACUAAUUGGUUAAUUUUGUACAGAUUCAUGUGUUGCCAUUGACAAUGAGAAAUUGUGCAAAAUAUCAACUUGAUCAUCCAAAAAUAGGAAGUGAGAAAAAAAAGUGUAAAAGAAUCCACCUAGACAGACAAACAGACGGAGUGACUUAAUAUAAGCUUUGUAAAAAUGUUACGUCCUCUUAUCCCAAGCCUAAACAGCCAAAUUUUUCCUAACAAUUAAAGUUUUACUAACCAAUUCCUAAGCAACCAAAUCCUUACCAAUUAAUUCCUGAGCAACCAAAGCUUGAACCUGUUAACAAAUUAUGUGCUAAAUAUCUUACCAUGAUGUAAUGACAAUCCGAAUAUAGCACCCUUGAUAGAGGCAUUGUUCACAUAUUAUAUUUCAGUUUUGACUAUAAUGGACCUCUUUCACCAAUUGUAAACAAACUACAUUUAGCUACGUAAUAAUAUUGAUAAAACAAUGAAAAAAAUGACUUUCGUGACAGCCUUUAUGGAUUAUGUAAUUUGUAUAGAAGAGAUAGAGAAUCACGUGGCUAAAUGUUGUUUGUUUAUGAUUGGUGAAUGAGGUCCAUUUACUGUUUAGUCAAACUUUAGUGCUUGUGUUAUGUUAAAGUGAUUUUGAAGGCCAGUAUUUAGAAUAAGUUAGACUAUGUGAAUAUAUAAUGAAACAAAAAUCUCUCUUGACACCAAUGUUGACAGGUUCAAACAGAGCAUUUAUUUUUCACACUCCUUCAUUGUAUGCUGAUCAAAUGUUACUUCCCUUUGACCAGUGGUUGUAAAUUAUUUUGUUCCACUUGUGAUAUCAAUGCUAUUAGACAGUUCUGUUCCUUGCCUCAUCAUUAUGUACAUACAUUUGAAUCUACCCUAGCAGCUUAAGUGUCUAGAAUUUAUAGCCAUGCCUCAGUUGAUUUGAUUUUGGAAGUUUUCAAGAGAACCCAAAAUGUAUUUGACCUAGAAUGAAUAAAGUAGAUAUUCAUGCUAAA